AUGUGUUGGAGGAUUUGGAACUUGGCUCGGCAAAAGAAACAGCUUGAGGGAGAGCUAGCCCAGAGAAAUGCUAAACGUCGUCUUGAACUUGAAAGAGGCCGCAGAGAAGCAGUGGCAGAUAUGUCUGAAGACUUGUCAGAGGGAGAGAAAGGAGAUACAGUGGGGGAUUUAUCAGCCCAUGGUGAUAGCAUCAGGAACAGACUGCCUAGAAUCAAUUCUGUUGAUGCAAUGGAGGCUUGGGCUAAUCAGCAGAAAGGAAAAAAACUAUACAUUGUAUUAAUAAGCCUUCAUGGUCUAAUACGAGGAGAAAAUAUGGAGCUUGGGCGUGAUUCUGAUACUGGUGGUCAGGUUAAAUAUGUAGUGGAACUUGCAAGGGCUUUGGGCUCAAUGCCAGGAGUGUAUCGAGUUGAUUUGUUAACUAGACAAGUAUCAGCACCAGAUGUAGAUUGGAGUUAUGGCGAACCUACAGAGAUGUUGACUCUAAUAAACUCAGAAGAUUUCUUGGAUGAGAGGGGGAGAGCAGUGCCUAGGAGAGCAAAUUGGUGGGGGAAGCCAAUCUGGCCUGUUGCCAUCCAUGGGCAUUAUGCUGAUGCUGGCGACUCUGCUGCUCUUCUAUCUGGUGCUUUAAAUGUCCCUAUGCUUUUUACUGGUCACUCACUUGGCCGGGAUAAAUUAGAGCAGCUGCUUAAACAAGGCCGACUCUCAAGGGACGAGAUCAACUCGACAUACAAAAUAAUGCGUAGGAUAGAGGCAGAGGAGUUAUCUCUCGAUUCGUCGGAGAUAGUCAUAACUAGCACUAGGCAAGAGAUAGAGGAGCAAUGGCGCUUGUAUGAUGGCUUUGAUCCUAUACUGGAGCGUAAACUGCGAGCAAGAAUCAAGCGUAACGUGAGUUGUUAUGGGAGGUUCAUGCCCCGCAUGGCUACAAUUCCUCCUGGGAUGGAGUUUCAUCACAUUGUUCCUCAGGAUGGUGAUAUGGAUGGUGAAAUAGAAGGAAAUGAAGACCAUCCUAGUUCGCCCGAUCCACCAAUAUGGGCAGAGAUCAUGCGCUUCUUUACCAAUCCUCGCAAGCCUAUGAUACUUGCCCUUGCAAGACCAGACCCUAAAAAGAACAUCACAACUUUGGUUAAAGCAUUUGGAGAAUGUCGCCCAUUGAGAGAGCUUGCUAACCUUACUCUAAUUAUGGGUAAUAGAGAUGGAAUUGACGAAAUGUCCAGCACAAAUGCAUCUGUCCUUCUUUCAGUGCUUAAGCUUAUUGACAAGUAUGAUCUGUAUGGGCAAGUCGCAUAUCCUAAACACCACAAGCAGUCUGAGGUUCGUGAUAUAUAUCAUCUAGCAGCAAAGACAAAGGGUGUUUUCAUCAAUCCAGCUUUCAUCGAGCCAUUUGGGCUUACUUUAAUUGAGGCAGCAGCUCAUGGAUUGCCUAUUGUUGCCACAAAAAAUGGAGGUCCAGUAGACAUACAUCGGGUACUUGACAAUGGUCUUCUUGUUGAUCCUCACGAUCAGCAGUCCAUUGCUGAUGCUCUUCUAAAGCUUGUUGCUGACAAGCAUCUUUGGGCAAAAUGCCGUCAGAAUGGGUUGAAGAACAUUCACCUAUUUUCGUGGCCAGAGCAUUGCAAGGCUUACCUGUCUAGGAUAGCUAGUUGCAAACCAAGGCAUCCACAGUGGCAAAAAAGUGAUGAUGGAGCUGAUACUUCCGAUACAGAUUCUCCUGGUGAUUCCUUGAGAGAUAUACACGAUUUAUCUUUGAACUUAAAGUUUUCAAUGGAUGGGGAAAAGACAGGUGGUAGUGGAAAUGAUAAUUCUCUAGAAUCCGAAGGAAAUGCUGCUGAUAAGAAGAGUAAAAUAGAGAAUGCUGUAUUGGCAUGGUCGAAGGGUGUUGUGAAGGACACCCGAAAGGCUGUUGACCAAAACAGCAGUUCUGGUAAGUUUCCAUCACUGAGGAGGAGGAAACAAAUCUUUGUCAUUGCAGUGGACUUUGAUACUAUCACCAGUCUUGCUGAAGCCAUUAGAAAAAUUUUUGAGGCUGUUGAAAAGGAAAGGGCUGAAGGUUCUAUAGGGUUUAUACUGUCAACAUCCUUGACCAUAUCUGAGAUACGCUCCUUUCUGGCCUCGGAGGGAUUUAGUCCCAGUGAUUUUGAUGCUUUUAUUUGCAAUAGUGGCAGUGACCUCUACUAUUCAACUCCCAAUCCAGAGGAUGGUCCCUUUGUCAUUGACUUUUAUUACCACUCGCACAUUGAAUAUCGUUGGGGUGGAGAAGGGCUGAGGAAGACUCUGGUUCGCUGGGCAUCUUCAGUUAUUGAUAAGAAGGCUGAGGACGAGGAACGAAUUGUAACUGCAGCCGAACAACUUUCAACCGACUAUUGUUAUGCUUUUACAUUGAAAAAGCCAGGAUCGGUUCCACCUGUUAAGGAGCUUCGAAAGGCGCUGAGAAUUCAGGCUCUUCGCUGCAAUGUUAUUUAUUGCCAAAAUGGGACCAGGAUAAAUGUAAUUCCAGUAUCGGCUUCCCGAUCUCAAGCCCUGAGGUACCUAUGUGUUCGAUGGGGCGUGGAAUUGACAAAUAUGGUCGUUUUUGCUGGAGAAUGUGGAGACACAGAUUAUGAAGGAUUGCUUGGUGGGCUGCACAAAAGUGUAAUAUUGAAAGGAGUCUGUAGUAGUGCAAGUAACCAACUCCAUGCCAACCGAAGCUACCCUCUCUCAGACGUCAUGCCAUUAGAUAGCCCAAAUGUUGUUCAAGCACCUGAAGAAAGCGCUGAUAUCAGGAGUUCCUUGGAACAAUUAGGAUGUCUCAAGGGCUAA